CACUAGUCAAAGAAAUUUACAUUAUACCAAUAAAAUGGGAUUAUCAAAGCUUCAAUUUGUAGUCGUCUUCGUCUUAUGUUCUCUUCUAGUUACGUCCCAGUCAAAAGAUGUACGAGAGAAUGCUUAUUCACAGUGUGUCUACAAAGGUUCGUGUGUGAGCAACAGAGACUGUAAGAGUCAGUGUGGACCGCCUGAGUUUCCACCGGAGACCAUUGGCUUAUGCCAACCUAGUCCUAGAGGUCAUGGCAACAUUUGUUGUUGUGCUAAAGAUUAGUAUUCUCCGACCAACUAAAAACAAAAACAUGUAGUUUUUAACUACUUCGAAAUGUAGUUGUUGUGCUGAAGUUUUGUUAUAAAAAAAGAAGGAAAGAAGUUUACUACGUUUUUGUAUUAA